UUGGUCCCGACCUCCCUCAGAAUCAGAUCUUUUACCAAUAUCUUCCCUUCCUUAAAUAAGACCACCCCUUUGAUCUCAGAAUCAUCAUUCCCAUUUCCUACCCAAAACCAUAAACUCUUAAAAAUAUCUCCUCUUUCAAUCUACAACACAUGGAAAUGAAUACCCAAACCACACCAAUGGAGGUCUUACCCGAAUAUGAUGUCUUUAUUCACACUUCUGAUGGCACACGCAUUCCAGCCCACACAACCAUCCUGGCCUCGGUGUCUCCUGUUUUCGAGAACAUUAUUGAUCAACCGCGCAAACAACGCAGCUCCGAAAGAAUAAUCCAAAUUCACGGCGUUCCUUCCACCGCCGUAACGGCUUUCGUCGGCUUCCUCUACUCAUCCAGUUGCACGGAGGAUGAGAUGGACAAAUACGGAAUCCACCUGUUGGCACUAUCUCACGUGUACAAUGUCCCGCAACUCAAACAGAGAUGCAUCAAAGGUCUUGUUCAACGGUUAACAUCAGAAAACGUGGUGGAUGUACUCCAACUCGCUAGGCUCUGCGACGCACCGGAUCUCCGUGUCCGCUGUAUGAAGCUACUCACCAAUCACUUCAACGCGGUUCAGAAAACCGAAGGGUGGAAGUUCCUCACCAAACACGAUCCCGUGCUUGAACUCGAUAUCCUCCGCUUCAUGGAUGAAAGCGAAACGAGGAGAGAGAACUCGAGGAAGCAUAGGGAGGAGCAAGGGUUGUAUGCGGAACUUUCGGAGGCGAUGGAGUGUUUGGAGCAUAUAUGUACGGAAGGGUGCACCGACGUUGGACCAUACCAUGUGGAGGUUAAUAAAGAAAAGAAACCGUGUAGCAAAUACUCCACCUGUCAAGGGCUUCAGCUUCUGAUUCGUCAUUUUGCAACAUGCAAGAAGAGGGUGAAGGGAGGGUGCUGGAGGUGCAAACGUAUGUGGCAGCUGUUUAGAUUGCAUUCAUAUGUUUGCCAACAAACUCAUGAUUCCUGCAAUGUUCCUCUUUGCAGACAAUUUCAAUUGAGAAUGGAGCAAGAGAAAAGGAAAGAUGAUCCCAAAUGGAAACUACUAGCAAGGAAGGUGGCAUCAGCUAAAGUAAUGUUUUCCUUGUCUCUCCCAAAGAGAAAAAGAGAUGAAGAAAUGAGAGUGACCAUAGACAAUCGUGGGAUCAGAUGUUUUGGUUACAAUGAAUAUUGUAACAAUAAUGUCUCGGACAAUCGAUGUGUUUCAUGUUGAUAGUUCCUUAUCUUAUUUUGAAAAUUGCUUUUUAGAUGUUGUAUGUAAGGUUAUUGUUAGUGGUAGUGGCUCUUAAAUUGAGGAAUUAGCAAAUUGAGUGUUUGCUUGAAAUGUAAAUUUUGGUGGUUGUAGUUGUGCGCAAAUUGAACCUCAUUUGCCCUGUCAUAAGAUUCUAAGGAGGUUCUAUGUUUGUGUUACAUUUGAUUUAUUAUCUAUGUAAAAAAAAAAAAAAAAAAAAAUCAAAUGAUCAUUCAUAUGAUUAUUAUAAA